CAUCCCACUAUGAUGAGAAUGGCCACGUCCUUUGCCGUAAUCAGCGGUUGAGAGACUAACUCUUUCUCCAUUAAUUACCUACUUCACUUUCAUUGGUGAACUUUCUCUAGGGUAAUUCUGCUAGAUUUCAUUGCUCUCUUCAAUAAUCCUUCAUUCCUUCUCCACUCACUCAACACAAAGCUCAAUUACUUAUAUAUGCAUUUCCAAGGUUAUGAUCAUCCACAACCUCUUUCAAAGAUUGCUCAGCGCGGAAAUAUAGCAGAGGGAGACAAAUCAAGGCAACCAAAGACUAAAGAAAAGAAAAAGAGCUUCAGAAAUGGUGAGCGCUGCAAUUGCUCGUAACGUCAUCGGCGUAAUAGGGAAUGUCAUCUCCUUUGGCUUAUUCUUCUCACCGGCUCCAACUUUCUAUGGAAUUAUAAAAAAGAAGGCGGUGGAGGAGUUCAAGCCUGAUCCUUACAUAGCUACGGUGUUGAAUUGUGCAUUUUGGGUGUUCUAUGGAAUGCCAUUUGUGCACCCACACAGCAUUCUAGUUCUCACUAUCAAUGGCGUUGGGCUUGUGUUCGAGUUUGUCUAUCUUACCAUAUAUUAUAUCUAUGCUACCAACAAAGGACGGAAAAAGCUACUGCUUUUUUUGCUCAUCGAGGUCAUUUUCUUUGUUGCCAUUGUUCUUGUAACAAUGCUGGCACUACACGGCACACGCAAAAGGUCGUUAGUGGUUGGUGUUCUCAGCGAUGUGUUCAAUGUUAUGAUGUAUGUAUCUCCUCUUACAGUUAUGGCAAAGGUUAUAAAAACUAAGAGCGUGAAAUACAUGCCAUUCUGGCUCUCUCUCGCUAACUUCCUUAAUGGUGUGGCUUGGACAACAUAUGCUCUCAUCCACCCGUUUGACAUUUAUGUCUUGAUCAGCAAUGGAAUUGGAGCAAUUUCUGGACUUAUUCAGCUUAUAUUAUAUGCUUGCUACUGUUCUUGUAAGAAUGAAAAUGAUGAUGACAAGGAUGGUGAUCAUGAAUUGAAACCAACUGGGGUUCAGUUCACUAACUUAAAGGGAGGAGUUGCAGUCUGAUGACACACCAACAUCAAUUAAUCCUUAAUUUCUUCCUUUCUUUUUCUAUUGGCAAAAAAAAUAAAAAAUAAAAAACAAUUUUAUAUAUUUAGUUUUAGAUAUGGACAAUGGUUGCUUUUAUAAUUUGCGUGUGACGAAUGCUUAUAGAAACUGUUUUGAUUUUUCAUUUUUUUUAAUUUUGAUAUCCUGCAUUUUCAUUUUCAA